AAAAAAAUAAAUCAAUUUUAGUGAUAAUAAUGCCAAUAAUGGACUUGUUAUUAUCUCCAGGCCCAAUAUCAUUAAACAGUUUCUAAUACACAUUUCUUCUUUGAUUAUUAAAUUUAAAACCCUUCAAUCAAAACCCAUCCACAAUGAAAUACGACCGUUGAAUCUGGAUGUGAUUCUCAAAUCAGAAACCUUGGUUUCGGAUAUCGCUAUGGCGAUUCUAUCCUUCGCCUCUUGUUCCGUUUCUCAUUUCUCACCGCCGAUUAGUCUCCGGCUUCAUCUCCCGCCGGUUACAGCUCUCUGUUACCAUGGAAGCUUCCCUGCUUCUACAUUGAAGACUGAGUUACGACCAUUGCUUCUCGGCUGCUUAGAUCGUCGAGAAACUGGUCUCAUUUUCCGAUGUAAUUGCCUUAGCUCUCCCAUUGACGCCGGAAGUCAAUUCGAGUCUCUGUUUUCGCUACUCCGACGUAUUGGGUUUAGAGAAGAAGAAUCGGAGAUGAUUAUAGCGAAGAACCCAGAUAUAAAGUCGACGUCUUUGGAUAAAAUCGGUAACCGAAUCGCUUCUCUCCAGUCUCUGAAAAUCGAUGGCCUCGCGCUUCUGGGUUUGAUUGCAAAGUGCCCUAAUCUAUUGACCUCAGAAGAAUUCGAUAUCGUCAUUACAUUCUUCGCUGAUGAACUCGAAGGAAGGCUUGAGCCUGAGCUAGUGGAGCGUUUACUCUCCGUGGUAGACACAUCGUUCUUGCUUAGUUUCAACCAGAAGGUGAGAUUGCUUAUCCAACACGGGAUACCAAAAGAGAAGAUCUCUCACGUAUUGAGCAAAGUGUACCUGAACAAACUGCUGUAUCAGAAAUCCGUUGAAGACAUUGAGAGGUUGAUCAGUUUCUUGGAACCUUUUGGUGGAAUCGGUAUAAUCGCGAGGCGGCCAGUGAUUCUCAACAGUGACUUGGAUGCUCAGCUGAUUCCUAGGGUCGAGUUCAUCAGGAAUCUUAGCGGGGAAGACGAUUUCGCCACUGGAACCGUGCUGCGUAGGCUCCCUGCCAUCUUGAGUUACAGCGUCGAGCAUAUGAACAGCCACGUCGAGUUCCUCAAGUCCUUUGCUGGCUUGACGAGCGAGCAAGUGUUCAAGAUUGUUCAUGUGUUCCCUAAUGUGAUCAGCACCAGCAAAGAGAGGAAACUUCGGCCGAGGUUAGAGUUUCUGAAAGAAUCCGGCUUUGAUUCCCCCGGAAUCUUCAAGUUCUUGAGUAAAGCGCCGUUGUUUCUAGCUCUAUCCGAAGAUAACCUCUCGCACAAGCUCGGGCUUCUGGUGAAGAUUGGAUACAAGCAUAGAACAAAGGAGCUGGCGUUUGCGAUGGGAGCUGUGACAAGAACAAGCUCUGACAAUAUGCAGAGGGUGAUUGGGUUGUACUUGAGUUACGGUCUUUCGUUUGAAGACAUUCUUGCUAUGAGCACAAAGCAUCCUCAGGUCCUGCAGUAUAAUCACGCUUCUUUAGAGGAAAAACUGGAGUAUUUGAUCGAGUACAUGGGCCGUGAAGUCGAAGAGCUUCUUGCUUUCCCUGCGUUUCUUGGAUACAAGCUUGAUGGCAGGAUCAAGCACCGGUAUGAAGAAAAGUUGAAGAGCAGAGGUGAGAACAUGUCUCUUAACAAGCUUUUGACAGUAUCGGCUGAAAGAUUCUCCAAGGCGGCGGAUGGUAUUGAAGUGAUUUGUUUAUGACUUAGUGACAAAAGCAAACAAUAAAAGUUAUUGAACCGAGUUUCAGUUCAGUGAGAACUUACAGUAGUUUAAAAGCUGAGAGUUUAUAUCACAAUUUCUCAAUUAGAUAUUAACAUUUAUACUUAAAUCUCUCUUGAUUUUCAUUCAGUUAAGCUAAGCUUCUUUUUUUUUUUUGUAUUUGUUCCCUAAUGUUCUUGCUCAUAGGUUAGUUGUGCCUCAGAUUAUGAAUAAGAUGUCGCAUAGCAUUGUCUCUGCCGACCAAACUCUUGUUGCAACUUUUAUUUUGAUUCUCUGGUG